UUGAACCAAACAUAGUGUAAAGGUUUCAUACUUUUGAUCGCAUACAAAACACUUAGCCAAAUUUUUUUAUCAUUUAUCACAAUUUUCUUCACCUCUUUGCCUUCAUCCAACUUUGCAAACCUUCUCUAUGUCCACUCUUUCGAAACAAACAUUCUUUGUAGGGCUUCUCUUGCGCUACCAAUGCACUCUAAGGCCAAAUAUGCGGUUACAAAUCUUGUGACAUAUGUGCAAACACAAAAUUAGAAAAAAAAUUUAUUUAACCAUGCUAAAACACAAUAUGUAAUAUUGUGAAGUCAUAACUAAGAGUUGCAAUACCCAUCCUCUGUUGUAAAUACAAGUGCACACUUUCUUUGCUUUGGAAAAAGCCUGUUUGUGUUGUGGUAGUUCUCCUAUGUGCUUCAACAUGAGAUCAAUACAGUGUGCAGCGCAUGGAGUCCAAAACAAGUGUUUUCUUUUCUCCAUUAGCAAUUUCCCAUCGGCCAUGUACGCACUUGAUUAUCUGUUACAACUUAGAUAACUAUUUCUGACCCAUUUUCUUCAACAAUACUAUCUAGAAGGUAGAAGUAGAACAAAUAGUUUGCAUUUUUAACUCGUUCCAGUGCAUCAACAAAUCUUAAAUACUGUCCCAAAUUGAUUAUAGACAAAGAUACGGAGUAUUUAAAAGGUUUCUAUUUUUUAUGGCACUCCAACGAUCAUACUCUGUUUUCAAUAUCCAUGUACGAAGUCCAUGCAUAGAUGGUGGCUUAAAACUAGCUCCGUAAUUGCUAUUGGAACACAUUAUGCUAUAGUAAUAUGGACUAUUUGCAACAUUAAAAGAUAUGGCAUUCUCAAAGAUAAAUCUUCCCACAUCACGACAUAUUACAUUGCUUUGUUCUUGCACAGAAGCCUUGAUCAUUUUUUAAGGCUAGACAUCAUCUUCUUUGUUUGAACGAUCUUCAUAUACAAGCGCUCGGUCCAGUGCCCAAAACAACAUCAUUUGGAGUGCCAAAUACACUCCUGAAUCAACCGUCUCAUAAAAAUACUCGUGCUUAAUGUGUUUUGUUUUGCAUAACUUUUCAGGAGCGCUAACAUCUUUAUUUUUCACUGCAUCAGAAACUUUCAGGUGUGAUAUAUGAAAACAUAAAACAUGCAUGCGGUUUGCAAAUAAGGGUUUUUAAUUUGUGGGGUAGCAUCGGGCGAUGAUCCCUUAGCAUUUAAAUUAGUAACCUUGCAUUUAAAUAUGUAACGUGGUGUGAUCUCAAAAUAAAAAAGAACGUAACGU